AAUGAUUGCUGAGUGUGAUGGGAGUCCCACAACACUGCUGCCACUCUUCACUAUUGUCGAAGGAGAAUAUUAAGACCAAGAGAUAUUAUUUCCUCUAUUAUAGGUUAUCGAUCAUGGAAUAAGGACGGAGCAAACCAAUCAACAUGUAUGGUGACAUUCAACUUGAUUUACUUUAUAGUUUUCCUUAUAUUUCUUGGAUGUGGACCUGUUCUUCAAUACAACAUUUGUCUAAAGAGGGACCAGGGGAUAGGAAACCAAUAUACAAAUGUGAAAAAUACUUCCUUUAAUGUUUAUGAAGAGCCUCAGUGGUGCUCCGGGAGUCUGCUCUUCGUGUACAUAAUUCCUAGUCUGCUGUUCUUCGUCUCCUACUUGGUGACCUGUGUUAUUCUAAGGUUUGGGGAAACAGAACAUCUCCAGACACUCCUAGAGAGGGUGUACCUCCUGGCCUCCUGUUCACCGUGGGAGCUGGUCAAGCAGCGGCGCAUCUGGUGCACCUUCCUGGCGUGGCUGCUGGCGGGGGUGGCGUGCCUGGCGUGCUCCCUGGCCUCCAUGAUGCUGCACAUCGCUGCCGCCAAACACAUCCCAUACUCCUUCAUCAUUCCAAGCAAGUCCAGCAAGGUGGUGCUGUGGACUGGAGCUCUGGGGCUGCUGUGGCUCCAGGACUUUGUUGUGGUAAUGAGUGUGUUGCUGUACUGCACCCAGUGUCACCUCCUCUCUCGCCUCCUCCACAUCACCAGGACAACAAUAUACCAGGGCGACACUCCUCUCAUACUCAUAAAAAAGCAAAUUGAGGAGACAUCCAGAUUUUUGCGACACUUGAAUCAGGAGUUGGGGCUGAGCGUUGGGCUGUUCCUGUGCCUCUUAGGUUUCAGGCUGACCACUGGUGCCGUCAGCCUUUUUUCCUUCCUGAAGCAGUACAUCCAUCCUGAGAAUGAACUGGUGUGGCUGUGGCCCACUCAGGACUCGAAGCUGACAUUCCACUUGUUGGCGCUGGUGUUUAACCUCCUGCCCUGGCUGGUGCUGACAGCCCUGCCUCUCUGCACUGCCGCCAGGGUCACCAGCAACUACCGAGCUCUUAACAAGGCCGGGAGUCAGCUUCAUGGCCGACCUUUUGGCUACCAGUCCACGCCCCAGCAAGACAUCGACUCCUUCUUGCUGUACGUGACCAGCCUGCACCUCCAUGCCAAGAUACUGUGGGUGCCGGUUCGUACGUACUUCUUGGUGUCCAUAUUUGUACUCCUCCUUAUGGCCUUCAUCAUACUAAGCUACCUUUACUUUUAAAAAUAACAGGGUAAUAUAGUUGGUGAUUGUAAAGCUUUGAAGAUAAAGCCUUUCUGUACCUACUAUUGAAGGCAUAGAUUCUGAGAACUUGUUUUGGAAUCUUACCUCUGUCUCCAUCUUAAAGGUUCCCACUUGACUGUAAAAUCAUGAAAUGCAAAUUGUCUCAAGAAAGAC